AAAUAUUAAUAAUUACCUACCUAUUAACUGUUAUUACUAAUCACAAAAUCAAUAACUUUAUAAUCUCUGUGUCCUGCUAUAAGUCAUAUUAUGUACUAUGUACAAUGUAGUAUGUGUGGGCACCCGCACCCAGCACACUGCACAGUUCCAGUGCACAAUUCCAGAGUACGUUGCAAUUUGCAUAGAGGUGUGUAGUUCAUGAACUAUUUGAUUCAAAGAGUUGAAUAUCAAAGAUGAGCUGAAUGAGUUAAAUCAGAGUGAGCCAAAUCGGCAACUCACAUGACUUUGACUAGUGUUCCACAGUUAAUUUCAAAUAAUUCAGAAUUGACACAAAUUAAUUUACAAUUCUACGAAAAAUGACUUAUGCAUAUUGUAUCUUAUAGUAUAAUGAUAUUCAUAUGAAACUUUGCGAGAGCUAUGAUUUAAUAUGAUUUAGUGCCUCGGUGGAACUAUAUACUAUAUAGCCAUAAUUAUAGGUAUAUAUAUAUUAUAGGUAAUUGAGAAUCGUUAAAAGAAUUGAGAAUUGAGAUUAGUAAUUCAACUCAUUCAAGUGAAGUGAAGGUGAACCGAGUUGAUUGAUUAGGUAGACUACAAGUUCCGCUGAAAGCGCUAGCAGUCACGAGGUUUUUGAUAAGAACAUUGCACGGUCAAAAAAUUUUCAUCGUCGUGCAACCAUAGUAUCUAUAGCCGUGAUCUAACCACAGAACAUACAAAUAUUGUUCAAUAUUAUCAUAUUAUGCAGAUUGCACUGUUGUAGACUUUUAAAAAGCUUUAACUGAACUGAUAAUAAUUAAUAAAUUGAUCAGUAUUCAGCGGACGAUAAACAUAUAAUGAAAAUCGCUAUUUGAGGGCUGCAUCACGAUCACGAUUAAAGAUACUCGAUGAUUAUUGUUUAUAUACCAUAGAGUAAGAUUAUAUACAUUAAACCCGUAGCGGCCGUAGGAAGUACUUGGCCGUGGUCUGCAGUUUGCCGUUCAUAAAGUAGUUGCCGUUUCUGGUACAUAGGUGGUCUAGUCUGGACAGUGUCUACCGUGUAUACUUAUUACAAUUUACAACUGUCAGUCGCCAGAACGACCGCGGUGAAUAUUGAUAUUAUAUUUCGGCAAUUCGGCAUAGACCUUACAGAGUUAUAACUUAUUAAGGUUUAUGUACUAUGAUUCUGUGAUCAAAUCAAUUUCAGUUGUAUGUAAUUCCUAAGAUUUGUGUCCAGUUCAACAUUUUGGCAUGAAUAAUCCAUAUUUACUUAAAAAACAAUUACAAGAGAAUGAAGAAGAGUUAUCAAAUUAUUUGCGUGAUAUGAACAUCUGGCAAGAACAAAUGAAGCGAAAAGAACAUUCUUCAUCGAAUCCCAAUGAAAAGAAAAAACCUAAAACUAAUCCACCCAAAGCUAGUGUAAGCAAAAUUUCAUCAUGGGAUUACUCUGCUUGGGAUAAGUUUGAUGUUGAUAAUGCUUGCAAAGAACUAGAUACUCAAAAUGAACCCAAGAAAAACGAAAAUUAUGGUUCAAGUGUAAAUUGUUUAAGUAACAAGUUACAAUCAAAACAGUCAGAAGGUUUAUAUGAAAAAAAUUUGGGUAACGCGUUAGUACAAAAGCAGAAAUGGGCUGAGGCCAUACUAAGGUACACAAGAGCUAUAGAAUAUUAUGAUAAAGAUCCAAUAUUUUAUGCCAAUAGAGCAUUAUGCUAUCUUAAGACAAAGGAAUUUAAACUAGCAAUAAUUGAUUGUACAUCUUCACUUAAACUGGAUCACACAUAUGUAAAAGCAUUUCAAAGAAGAAGUGUUGCUUAUAUGGCUCUUGAAAUGUACAAUGAAGCUAAAAAAGAUAUACAAGAUGUUUUAAAAAUAGAACCAAAUAACAAACAAGCUAAACUUGAUAUAGAAGUUGUGAACAAUAAAAUUAAACAGGGUGAAAUGCAGAAAAUCUCUGAUAUUAAAUGUCAAAAAACAAAUACAACUAAUAGUUUACAAAGUAAAGUUUUAAGUUCAAAAUUGUUAUGUAAAGAAGAAGACAAACCAAUACAAAUUGUUAUUCCCCAUUGGCCUCAAAGAGUUGAUUGUAAACAAAUAACUUCUAUACAAAAACCACCACACUUAAGAUCAAAAAAACCUUUCAGUACACCCAAAAUCAAAGAUGUUCAAGUAGACCAAGAAAAAUUAAACAAUAUACAUUUACUACAAACCACAUUGAAAGAAGUAUGUGAAAAUAAAAAUAAAGAUCAACCUAUGAACAAAGAAAUUACUCCCACGAAAAAGGAUUCUGUUCAAACUGUAAAAAAACAUGCAGCUAUACCUCCUGUUCCACUAACAUAUAUACAACUCAAACAAGAUUGGGCAUACUUACAAAAUGAUCCAAAACUAUUGUUUCAAUAUUUAAAACAAAUUCCUGGUAAGCGUAUACCAUCAAUUGUACGUAAUUCUAUGGAUAAUGAUCUAUUUGUGGAUAUUUUAAGAAUUUUACGGGUAGAAUUCAUUAAAAAUGGAUGUGAUAUAACAGAUUACUUGAUUGGCAUAAGUGAAUUACCAAGAUUACAAAUGUUAGUUAUGUUUUGUUCUAGUAGUGAAGUAUCGCAUAUCAAGGAAUUGCUGAACUACGUUUCAAAAUCUGUCCCAGAAAAUGCGUUUAAAAACCUUAAAGAAUCUUUUGGAGUUUAAUAUUGAUUGAAAAAUAACUUUAUUUCAUACACUUCCACAAUAUACUUACACUUUGUCAUUAUAUAUUACAUUAUUAUUGCAAUCACCUUGUAUUUUUUCAUCAAUUAAAUCAAUAAAUGUAAAACAAA